CCCUCUUAAACGGCGCGGCCGCCUCGGCCGGCACCGCGGGCCCAUGGAGAGAACCACGGUGCUGAUCACGGGCUGCUCCUCAGGCAUCGGCCUGGGUCUGGCCACCCGCCUGGCGACCGAUGGCGGCUUCAAAGGUAAAGGGGUGACGCUGCACCAGGGAGGGGGGAGCACGGGGGGCUCCGAGGCAGGGCCAGGGGCAGCCGGUGCCCGGGGUGGGCUGUGGCCAGCCGAUGGCACUGGGGCCGUGUUCUCUCCCGCAGUGUACGCCACCAUGCGCGACCCGGCCAAGGGCGAGCGGCUGCUGCAGCGCCUCGGGGGCCGCUGCCCCGACACACUGGAGGUGCUGCAGCUCGAUGUGACCGACCCACGGUCACUGGCAGCCGCCGCGCACCGGGUGCAGGGGCAGGCGCUGGAUGUGCUGGUCUGCAACGCUGGGGUGGGACUGAUGGGCCCCCUGGAGACCUGCUCCGACCAGGACAUGAAGAACGUGUUUGAUGUGAACCUCUUCGGGGCCAUCCGCACCAUCCAGGCGUUCCUGCCCGCCAUGAAGCGCCGCAGGGCCGGGCGCAUCAUUGUCUCCAGCAGCAUCGGGGGGCUGCAAGGGCUGCCCUUCAACUCCGUGUACUGCGCCAGCAAGUUUGCGGUGGAGGGGCUGUGCGAGAGCCUGGCCAUCGUCCUGCGGCCCUUCAACAUCCACCUGACGCUGGUGGAGUGCGGACCCGUCAACACGAGCUUCCUGAGCAACCUGCAGUGCCCGGACCCCGACGGCAGCGAGCUGCAGGGCCUGGACGCCGAGACACGAGGCCUCUACCGCCGGUACCUGCGGCACUGCCAAGGGCUCUUCCGCGACGGGGCCCAGGAGGUGGAGGAGGUCCUGCAGGUGUUCCUGGAGGCCAUGGGCAGCCCCUGCCCGCCCCUGCGCUGCGCCACCACCCAGCUCCUGGCGCCGCUCGCACGCCUCAGGCUGACCGACGGCUCCGCGUACGUCCAGGCCAUGCACGACUUCGUGUUCGGCCGCGGCGAGGCCGGCGGGGACCAGCCCUGACCAGGACCCUGGAGGCAGCCGUUCUACGGUGCGCACCUCCGGACCCGGGGGCGGGGGGUCGGGGUCGGUCCCACCGUGUCACCAAUAAAGCCCUUUGCAGCCGCA